AUGCCAGAGUUCACCAUCAGAUCACAGCCGGGUGGGUACAAGUCUGCGUCGCCGAAGGGACAGCAGCAGGAGAAGCAGGGAGCAGCGACAGAUCUGCGUCAAGGAUCUGCCUCCUCGUCCACCUCUGACCCCUCCCCGCAGCCGUCAGCUGCAGCAACCAAUCAGGACGCCUCGCCUCCCACCGAGCGGCCGGUGGAGCGGAAGUCUUACUCCCUCGCCCGCAGGACUCGCUCUCGACCCGCAGACCUGGGCAGCAAACAGCCGUCCGUGGAGGAGUCCGCAGCCGGGGGGAACGCCUCCUCCCCCGGCAGCGUGGCAGAGAAGAGCUGGGCGGGAGCAGGCGACGGGCCGAGAGGAGGAGGAGGAGGAGGAGCAGGAGGAGCAGCAGCACUGACAGAGCUGGACCAGGACGUGGCUCGACUCAGUCUGGUGUCAGAACAGAGCUGGAGCCAGAACCCGACGUCCUACAUGCGCUCUGAGAUCAGAGGCCUCCCCAACCCCAUGCACAUCGCCGGCGGCCCGCCUCCGUUCUCCAGCAUCGAGGAGCUGGGCGUCGGCUCCAAUCGGGCCAAACGCUACUCCUCCCAACGACAGAGAGCCGUACCUGAGCCGGCACCGGCCAUGCACCUGGGAGUGAUGGAGGGACACUACUACGAACCCAUGUCAUACCAGGGACCAAUCUACGCCCACGGGGAUGGCCCCGCCCCCAUCCCGCCGCAAGGCAUGCUGGUCCAGCCUGAGAUGCACAUCCCCCAUCCAGGUCUCCACCCCCACCAGUCAGGUGGUCCGAUCGCCAACCCCGCAAUCUACGGAGGCCCGCCUGUUUCUCUGUCGCCAGGGCAACCACAGCAGCUGCUCCCACCGCCUUUCUACCCUCCUCCUGGAGUGAUGACCUUCCCUUACCCCGCCAUGUACCCGACUCCACAGGGUCAGGCCCAGGUGACCUACGGAGGUGUGACGUACUACGACACGAUGCAGCAGCAGGCUCAGCCCAAGCCUUCGCCCCCCCGUCGCACGUCCCAGCCCGUCACCGUCAAGCCCCCCCCUCCGGAGGUGCACUUCGCCUCAGAGUGACCCCGCCCCUCACCCCUCCCUGCCACCAAGUCUCAGCCUCACUCUGAUCCGGAAACUACAGGAGCGGGAUGGGAGGGUCAGUGAGGAGCUGUGGUCUCCAACGGCAACCACCAACCUUAUCCAGGGACGGACGGGUGGACAGGUGGACGGAGGUGAAGAUGGACUCUGUAGGUGACCCACAGCAUCACUGGUGGAAUACGACUUUCUCCUCUUUUUUUUUUUUUUUAUUCCUCCUCUUUUUCAACCCUGUAGCAGUCAGGCGGGUCAGCCGUGUCACAGUGGGACUGCUCUGUCGCAGGUUUGAUCCUACCAACGUGUCUUUGAGCAACAACCCUGAAAACGUAACAGUGGGACUGAUGAGUUCGAACCUUUAGAACCUUUUAGAGCCUCUUUGAAGCAUUUAACGUCACAUGGAGUCGAACUGUGACGUGUGAAACGUUGGGAUCAGAGUUCCUGUUUAAGGUUUCCUUCUUUUUUUUUGUGUCUUUCUUUCUCACGGUGACGUUUUUCUGUUGGUUCCUGACUGAAUAACAGGCAAUAUGAACGGUUUCUCUGUGGAACGCAGUCUUCGUUAUCAGUUAUCAGAUUACUUCUCACUGUACAACAGGAGGUUCAUGUGUCAUUUCCACCACCCGUCGCGGUUACUGCAAAGAGUUUAACGAGAUAAAGCAAACUAAAAACAGGAUUAAUGUGCAGGUUUCUGGAUGUUUGUGAGAAUCGGUUGUGUAUAUAGUUUGAAUGCAGCUCAGUGUUCAGCGCUGACCCAGUGCUUCCUGAAAACCUCCAGAUGUUGCCGUCAUGUUACAGCCGGUUGGAGUUUGUUAGAUUUUAAUGUUGGUCUGUUUUUUCCUCUGGGCACAGAAAGACUUUAUUUUUCUCCACAAACAUCAGCUCUGUGUUCGUUACUAUAAUCUGUACUGCUGCGUGUCCCCACAGGCUGUGACUGACCAGAGUUUAGUGGAUAAACUGUCAGAAAAUAGUGAAAAAUUGUCUUCAAAUGACAAAUAUUUUCAGUUAUAUAAAAGUUAUAUAAAACAGUGAAUACA